AUGGCGGCUCAAGCACAGCCCCGCAUUCUACUCAUUACCCUCGACAAGGUAAUGCCUGAAAUAGACGAGGUCUUCGCAGAUCUCAUACACAAAUUCUCAAAAGUAGCGCAACUCCAACGAACCCGCAAGCCAGAUGCUUCCCUGAGAGUCCUCUCCGAGAACCCCAAAGCCGUCUUCUUAACGGAUGGAGCUCUCAGCAAGCCCAAAUACGCAUCACUCUGGGAUGCCGUGCUCGAAUAUGCUCGGAAUGGCGGGACGUGUCAGCCCCCCGACAUCAAAUCAUUCUUCGCCAAGGCUGGACUUCCAUGGGAAAUGGCCGGCUAUCAUCGCACCACCGUCUCUCUGAAUCGGCAAGGCAUUCCUCGCGACGUGACCCUGGCUUUGCAGCCGUCGUACAGCCAGAAAGCUAUUUUCCUCAAAGGGGUGGACCCCAGUCUGUCAUGGUAUAAUCCCACGAGUGAUUCGACUACACAGUCCAUGGUCUUUGACCCGGAGAGUGUCGAUACCACGACGUGUCCUGUUGCGAUGGCGAAUGUCGGUGAAGGAAAGCUGGGAUAUGUCGGUGAUGUGAACGGCGAGCAAGGGUCGACCCUUGUGGUUCUUGCAAUGAGUGGGCUUUUCUCAACGGCCUAG